AUGACAUUCUUUUUUCCUUUCCUUUCUUAUUUGAAACUUCCGGAUUCGCAGAGGCAGUUUGAUACUUCUACGACUGCUGGAGACGAUUCGUGUCUUUCUUCCGAACUUGAUCUACUAAAUCCAAAAGUGACACAGUCUUGUCAUAAUUUGCGAUUUACGUGUGGAGGGAGAAAGAACGAAGAGAGCGAUCGAUUAAAUCUUCUUAAAUCGUCAUCCAGAUCAUCGUAUUGCUAUCGACAACCGGUUGUUAAUAGACAAAUCAUUGAAGCAAAAUUACUUACUAGAAAGGCUGACCAGAUCGCUACGUCGCAAUAUAUCUCAAAUAUUGGAUCUUCCGAAUCGUAUUUUCGUUUGAGAAAACAUGAGCCACAAGUAACUUUUGAAGAUAAACAUUCGAACGAGAGCGAAAGAUUUGAUCGUAAAUUCAACGAGAAACUUUGGCGCCUAAUGUAUUGUGCUGACAAUAGGAAGGAAAAUAGUACACCACGAAUUGUAAGGGUCAUUCGACAGAAUAGUAGGAAACUUGAUCCUAAGGUCGACCGAUCGACCACGUUCGAUCAACCGCGAGCUGAUAAUAGCAAAAACAGUGUCGUUGUGCUUUAUCACGGAAGAUCCAGCACUUCUCCGUCCGCUUCUUCGAAGGCUCUCGUUCGACUUUCCAAAUCCGAUCAAACGGUGAUAGAAAAAUUGCAACCGGAAGUAGCAAGAUCGAGAUCCGCAUCACCUGACAAGCCGAAGAUUAUAGAAACCCCGGAAAGUCUGUCUCCGAGAUAUCCUCUACGUCGACGAAGGACCACUUCCAGAAAAUAUCGUCGUGUAUCGAGACACAAACACCAUUCUUUUAAUGUAAAUAUUUAUCAGCCGAAUCCAGUGGAAAGAAUUGUGUCACCACUGCAGCGUCAUCACUGGACUGUGUCUAAAAGUCAGAUAAAAAUUGAUCCCAACUAUAACGAAUCUGGAUGUAUAGCCGAGCCUAAUACAGAUUGUUCUGUCAAGUUGCAAGAGAAGAAAAUUAUUGAUCACGCCAACGAGAACGCGAUCAAUCAAAAGUCACAGAGGUGCGUUGAAGAGAAGAGAAUUCGGAAGAAACAAUGCUCAGCGAUUAGAGCCGUUGCUUCGAAAUUUAUAGACCAUCGUCCAAAACAAGUGAAAGACGCGAAAAAUCAGAAGCAAUCGAUGCAAAAAAUACAGACAAAUUCCGAGGAGGCAAACGUAAAUUCUACAUUUAUCAGCGUAAACGAGGGUAACGAAUCGAGUCGCGUGUUUCCCUUUCAAGCUACACCCAGCGGUAAUCUUAAGAUCGUUCCGAAUCAGGUUGUUUUCGAGUCGAAGAAAUUUAGCGUUCUAGUUGCCGAUCCGCAACACACGAAGGUUAACGUUAAGGCUGAGCUUAAUCGAUCCGACGUUGGCACAUCCGUUUUCGAAUCUUCGACUCAGACGAGAUAUAUCGAUCUUCCGCCUGGCGUCACGCAAUCAACGAUCAAUAAGUUGCAGGCUCAGAAAAAGUUACCUUACAUCGAAGCAAAUUACAGGUCACGAACACAGCCAAGUGCGAAAUUUAAUGUAUCAAAAAUGGAAUCGCAACCAACGUCUUAUCAAUUACCUCUAAUGGAUGAAGUACCACUCGCCUCGCUAGGAUUUACGAAUGAGCAACCGAUCAAUUGGAAUAAUAUAAUUCUUCCCGAGAAAACCGAUUUAUAUCAGGAAUUAGCUAGACGUAUCACAAAUUACAAAAAUGCCGACUGCAUUGUCCGAAUAGAUCAGGAUGAGUUUUAUUGUCAUCUUCUUGUUUUACAAAGUUACAGUGCGUUUUUCGAUGCGGUAAAUUACAAGGAUCUGAAUUUAUCUAGUAGCAAGGUGACUUCCAAGGCGUUCAAUAUUAUUUAUGAUUGGAUGAUAAGUCCAAUCAACGAAAGUUAUCAUUUGUUACGAAGAGAUAACAUCUUAGAAGUUUUUAUGGCCGCGCAGUAUCUUGGUAUUAAAGAGUUAGAAGAACAAUGCUGGGCAUUCAUUGAUAAUGACGAGCUUUUUUCCGAGGAUACUGCCUUCUUAUUAUAUUUGGAAGCAAAAAAGAUCGGAAAUACCGCGGUAAUGGAAUUGAUGAUACCGAGGAUUAUGAAAUUUUUCUUGAUGCUCGUGAGCACAAAAGAUUUCUUAGAAUUGUCAGUGGAUGAACUGUGCUCCUUACUAAAAUCUAAUUAUAUUUGCGUUAAUAGCGAAAUAGAGGUUUUAAUGUCUGCCGUGAGAUGGUUGAUGCACGAUUGGAACGAAAGGAAGCAACAUAUGUUGGAAGUGCUCAAGUGUGUUAGAUUUGGGCUCAUAGCUCCUUGGCAAUUAGUAGAUGUCAAAAGAAAUCCUGAAAAUCCAGAAUUUAUGGAAUUGAUGGCUUAUCCUGAAGUGCAAAAAAUGGUGGACGAUGGUCUCGCGUUUGUUAUUAUAAAAUAUUGGUACGGUAAUCAAACAGAAAAUUACUAUCAUUGGAUCGAUUUACUUGGACUCAGCGAACCGAUUAAUCGCAAUUGGGCAGGACAAGACAAAAAUUAUGUUACGUAUCGCGAGUUUCUCUUAUAUCUCGAAGAAUAUCAAAAAUCAAACAUUUUGGAGUUAAAAGCGCGAAAUACACGAACGAUACCCACUCCUCCCAAUUCUCCUCCUAAAGAUAGUUCAUCGUUAUCGGAAAGAACACACGUGGAUUGCAAUCAAAACCAUUGUUGUGUAGAAUCGCAUCCUUUAGAACAAUAUACUACAACACAGAUUAAAACGCCGAAAAAAUACGUGUCAAAAGUCUCAACCUCAUCAGGCAUAGUGAUUUCACCAGAAGUAUUAACGGAAUGUUUCAAUAACAUGGGUAGAAAUAAUAAUAUAAGAGCAAACAAAGCGCAUGGUGAUGGAAAUAGAAACAGUAUAUCUGUCGUUGAAGAUUCAAGGUGUCUUGCAGGAGAUAAAUUACGAGGAAAAUCUUUAGAUUUCUUAAAGAAUGAAAAACACACGUACAAAUAUCAUCAGCGCGAGAUUUCAAUGCCAAAGUACGAAGGACAGGAGAAGAAUGUUUCGGAUGUUUAUAGUCGUAAGCAAUGGGAACAAAAUGCAACAUUAUACGCAAAGAAAUUGCAAAAAUGUAUGAAAAAAUUAAACUAUGCUGAGGAUUGUGCGGAUUCAGUCAAAUCUGAAGAAGAAGCGGCUACUAUGAUACAAGCUACGUACAGAGGAUAUAAAGUUCGAAGAAAAUUUGACGAAAUUAAAAAAUUAUCUGCGGGGAAAAAGCAAAACGCUCAAAAAGUGGCUGAGCUGUUAUCUGUGUCGACGAGUCAACCUGGCUGGCAACUUCAUAAAUCAUUAAAUCUAGUCAAAAUGUGUAACAGUGUUACGAAUCAAAACAAAAAUGCAUUACAUUAUAUUUAAAAUGCAAAUAUUGAUUGCGCGUGUAAUGUAACAAAUGUUAAACAAUAGACAUUACAUCAAAUUGUUAA